GUGGGCGGAGCUUCCCCGGUUACCAACCGAGGGAAGAAGCAGCAGAGGCGGCAGUCAGGGACGGUAACGCACGUCCUCGCCCGUCUUCACCUCGCCUCCAGCGCCUUCAUCCAAAUGGCAACGACAGCGGAAGACCAGCGGGAACCGGCGGACGUCGCCGCCCUGUCGACGCACCACGGCUGCCGCCACCGCAACAGCAACAGCAACAACAACAACAACAACAAUAACAACAAAGACAGCGAGGCGGGAGAGAGCGCGACCUCCGCCACCGACAGCGCGACGGAGUCCGGCGGGACGGCGACGCAGAGCCUCGGCAACGGCUCGGUCAUCAACCCCAACGGGGGCACGAACGGGAAGUGGGUCCGGCUGAACGUCGGCGGGACGGUGUUCCUCACCACGAGGCAGACCCUCCUCAAGGAGCAAACUUCGUUCCUGUACCGGCUGUGCCAGCAGCAGGACCUGCACUCAGACACGGAUGAGACAGGAGCCUAUGUGAUUGACAGAGACCCCACAUACUUCGGCCCCAUCCUGAACUACCUGAGGCACGGCAAACUGGUCUACAACAAGGAGCUCGCUGAAGAAGGUGUCCUGGAGGAGGCGGAGUUUUACAACAUCACUCCACUGAUCAAGCUGAUUAAGGAGCGGAUCAUCGAGAGGGACUCCAAAGCUACGCAGCAGGUGCCCCCCAAACACGUCUACCGGGUGUUGCAGUGUCAGGAGGAGGAGCUGACCCAGAUGGUCUCCACGAUGUCAGACGGCUGGAAGUUUGAGCAGGUCAGCGUGCGCGCCUGCAGAAAGCCCCGCACCGGACUGCUCUGGACUAUGGUGAACAUCGGCUCGUCGUACAGCUACGGCACCGAGGACCAGGCUGAGUUCUUGUGCGUGGUGUCCAAGGAGCUGCACACGCCCGGGUCUGGGCUGGGUACGGAGCAGAGCCACAAAACCAAGCCGGCAGAGAUGCAAGAGGAGGAAGCAGCGAAGAAUGAUGAUGAGGAGGAGGAGGAGGAGGAGGAGGAGGGAGGGAGAGAAACCACACCAAAUGAGUGGCUUAGAGAAUGAGGGAGUCAUGUUUCUUUGUUCCAAAGAAAGGCUGGAAUGGCUUUUCCAGAUCCACGGGUCCCGGAUGUAAAAAAACAGAAAACAAAACAAAAAAAAAGUGUCAUGAAAGCAGAAUGAAUUAUAUUUCCAGGCUCGUGACAUCCUUUGAGUAACGAUGCAUCAGUGCAUCAGAGGAGCAACAAAAUUUGUAGCAUUGUCGUCGACGAAAACGCCAGUUAGCGCUACAGGGUGACCAAAAACAACGAUCUGACAGUCAGUGGCAACAAUAUCAUCAAGAAUACUUUUCAGUGAAUUUAACUUUAUUAGUAGUGAUUCACAUGUUGGUGUGUGUAAAUGUUAAAUCACCAAGGGCAGUAGUGAAGCUUAGUAAAUCAUAACCAAAGAUGCACAUUGGAGCUGACUGGAGGGAAGUGACCUCGGAGCCGUUUAGCCGGCCAGGAGCUGUUGCUGCGUCACUGUGAUCUGACACACGGCGUGAAAUGAUACUGCUGCAUCUACGUUGGAUCCGUACAUUUUGUUAACGUGGCACGGAGGCGUUCAUCGGUCACCCGUCAUUUUUCAAGUUCUGUAAAUUAAAUUAGGGUGAUGUUCCCGUAGUCGUUGAUUUUGCACUGAGUGAUCCCAGCAGCUUGCUGGCUGCAAGGACUUCAGCCAGGAGAAACUUUGCGUGUUUGUUAAACCUGUAGUGAAUCAUUUUGAUUUCAGUAAGUGUAGCACUCAGGCACAGACAUGUUAAUACUGUACUUCACAUGCCAGUCCAUACACUUUCAGUUUUGAGUUGCAUCAGGUAGUUUGAGCUCUAAUUGUUCAUUGUAUUAUACACAGGCUGGACAAAAAAAAGUCAAACAAAAAACGCCUUUAGUUUUCGUUACAUCACACAUUGGUUGUGGCAUUGUUUCAGUUUGGGUUAAAUAACUUGUUGCCAUGCAGUAAUUAUCCAGUAGGAGGCGCGUCUCUAGUUAAAUCCAGGUGGCGAAUGUGCACGUUAGCUAAGGUUUAGACUUCAAAGGCAUUUCUUUUUAGAAGCAGUGUUACACACAUCUUCUGCGUCCUACAGCGAAAAAUGCACUGACAAAAACACACACACACACACACAGCUCUACGUUUUUUGCGCCCACACCAACAACCCCCUGUUGUUCGCUGAUAUUCAGCUGCAUCGCCUUGUGUCUGCGCAGCAGAGACGUAUGUGUGAGUCAGGAAAGACACUGAGAGGAGUCACGGAGGAAGGAGGAGGAGAUGACAGGGGAGUCGGGCGGAUUUCAGUUUUGUGCUGUUGCAGCUUCACAACACACACAGCGGACAGAUUUGCUGCAGUGCAGGUGUGUGUGACUGAAGCAGCGACUUAGACAACACAGGACUUUUAACAGCCUCUGUUGGUAACAUGUGAGAACUGCAGCACACUUGAAUCCCUGCGCGAGCGUUCGCGGAAUCGUUAAAAGACUUUGUUUCUGUUCAGCAGAUUCACCUCGUACAAGGUUCAGCAGCUCAGGCGGCUCUGGAGGUACUUGUUGAAUGCUGGAACAUAAAGAUUAAAAUAACACUAGGUAAUAAAAUGUAUAAAAAAGGCAUUUAGACGACAAUAUCUCUCUAAUAUCAUUUUGUAGAGCAGUCACUAAUAAGGAAAUGGGGCCUAAUUUGGGCUCUAUUCAAAUGAAUGGGCUCUAUUUCUACAUUCUAGAAUAAAAAUAUAAAACAACACUAAAUCAUUAACACUAUCAUUGAAGCACUCUCUCCAACUCCAACACGUCUGACCGUCCACUGAGUUUAGUUCCUGUGUUACGACACUACUGACCGUCUAGUCACACAGCAAACACACACAAAUACACUGGGGCUGUUUCAUGCAGGCAAUAUCAGCUGGGGUCACAAUUUGAGACAAUCGAGAAUCAAGAUCGUUGGCGACUUUUUUUUUUUUUUGCUAACGUUUUGAUAACUAAAAAAAAAAAGAAGUGUGUUCGUGUGUAGGAAAAAGAUCUGGUCCGUUUUAGUAGACACGUUAAGUGUUACCGUAGUUAACAUGCAUAUGAUAAUCAUGACGGUACGAUCAGAAGAAUCCACAGCUGAGUUAGAUACUUUUAGUUUCGUUCAGCUUUUCUUUCUCGUUUCUUUUUUUCCGGUGGCUCUUUAAACUCAGAUCAUUCAGUGCCUUGAGUUCAAGCAGCAAAACUGACGUCAUGUCAAAACGGUCAUAGGUGUUAAUAUGUGCAUUUUUAAAGAAAUAGCUAUAAAAAAAGCUGUAGUCAAAGAAUAGAGCGAGUACAGUUUUAGUUCAGGUUUGUUAUUUGUGUAAAUUUCUUCCAGCGCAUUUGCUCUGAGGUGUUCGAGGUCAGAUAAAGAAAGACGUUUCGUGCUUAUAGCUCAGUGUAUAGGUUUUGUAUAAAAUGUCACAUUUUUCUUUUUUUUUUAUGUUUUUCUACAUUUUAAUUUAUUUUCUUUUUGAAAGACACUGUUGUUGUUGUUUUUUUUAGAGCCAGAGUGGUGGAUGGUCAUAUUUUUUUCUACUUGAAGAUGAGCUUUUUAUGUUUGACUGGCCUGAUGAUUUUAAACUCUAUAUUUAAAUUUAAUGCCAAGGUUUAUUGAAUAUUCUAGGUUUUUAGUGUUAGUUCACAUAAAUGCUGUUAAACACCCCAAGACAUUUUUUUUUAAUUUUUUUUUUGAUGUCCAUAUCUUCCAUUUGCAUGACUAGUUACUUGUUAUUUUGCUGGAUCCAGGAUUAUUUCUUUACUUUGUACUCGUUGAAUAGUUUCUGCUGUACAUUAGUGUGAUUUCCUAUGGUAUUUGUUGAGUAAAAAGACGACACAGCAGGGCUGUUCAUUCAUUCUCUCAGCGCAGAAGAAAAAAAUCAGGCAAAUAUGUGGUGCAAAUGGGUAGAAGACCUUUCUCUCUGGAGUUAUUUUCAUCUGCUUUCCAUACAAGCCUCGGUGUACUCAGUCUGUAAACGUAAAACAAUGUGACACAUGAAUUGUAACGCGUCAGAAGAAACGCUGUGUGUGUUUUGAUUUCACUGAAUGACAUCUGAACGACAUCUUUCACAAAACGACAGAUUUUUUUAUUUUAUUUUAUUUUAUUUUAUUUUAUUUAAUGUACAUGAAUGUCAUAAUUGUCAACAGAAAUAAAAAAAAAGUUGUCCUUUGGUUUAAGA